AUGACGGAAAGCUCCGCGAACAAGCUGCUAAACGGAGACGCCCGUCACCGGACCUCAAAUGGUAAAAAAUCGAGUAAAAAUGGCUUCGUGAAGAACCACUGUGUGUUUCAGCAGAAGUACCGUCGACCCAGAGACAAGAACCAAAAUGUCACACACAACUCCAGCCUGUACCAGAAGCCCUUCUUGGAAUCAUUUGAGGAGACGCCUCUUCUGGUGGCUGUGCUCACUUACAUGGGCUACGGCAUCCUCACCGUCUUUGGCUAUCUCCGAGACUUCCUUCGCCACUGGAACAUCGAGAAAUGCAAUGUGGCUCGGGAGAGGCCGGAGCAGAAGGACUUUGUCCCCCUCUAUCAGGACUUUGAGAACUUUUACACCAGGAACUUGUACAUGAGGAUUCGAGACAACUGGAACCGGCCCAUCUGCAGCGUCCCUGGUGCUAAGAUGGACCUGGUGGAGAGAGUUUCCAACGACUACAACUGGACCUUUGAGCACACAGGGAAAGUGGCCAAGGGCGUCAUCAACAUGGGCUCUUACAAUUACCUCGGUUUCGCUGAGAACGUCGGGGCUUGUGCCGAUGCUGCUGUUGAAUCCACACAGAAGUAUGGAGUUGGAGUGGGCAGCACUCGCUGUGAGAUCGGAAACUUAGACAUCCAUGAGGAGCUGGAGCAGCUCGUUGCCAGGUUCCUAGGUGUUGAGUCAUCGAUGGCUUUUGGCAUGGGCUUCGCGACAAACUCAAUGAACAUUCCUGCUCUUACCGGGAAGGGUUGUCUAAUUCUGAGUGACGAGCUGAAUCAUGCAUCACUGGUGCUAGGUGCACGUCUGUCCGGCUCCACAAUCCGGGUCUUCAAGCACAACAACAUGCAAAGCCUGGAGAAGCUGCUGAGAGACGCUAUCGUUCACGGGCAGCCGAGAACCCACCGACCCUGGAAGAAGAUCCUCAUAGUGGUGGAGGGAAUAUACAGUAUGGAGGGGUCUGUCGUGCGCCUGCCAGAGGUCAUCGCCCUAAAGAAGCGCUACAAGGCCUAUCUGUACCUCGAUGAGGCCCACAGCAUCGGAGCCAUGGGGCCCAACGGCAAAGGAGUGGUCGACUACUUUGGCCUGGAUCCUAAAGAUGUAGACAUCAUGAUGGGAACAUUCACCAAAAGCUUCGGUGCUGCUGGAGGUUACAUUGGAGGCAAAAAGGAGCUCAUCGACUACCUUCGGGCCCACUCUCACAGCGCACUGUACGCCACCUCCAUUUCCCCUCCUGUGGCGCAGCAGAUAAUCACCUCUAUGAAGAUCAUCAUGGGAGAGGAUGGGACCUCACUAGGUGCUGAUCGCCUCAAACAGCUAUCAGAAAACACAAACUACUUCCGCAGGAAACUCCUCGAAAUGGGCGUCAUCAUCUAUGGCAAUGAUGACUCGCCUGUAGUACCCAUGAUGCUCUACAUGCCAGCCAAAAUUGGGGCAUUUGGUCGGGAGAUGUUAAAGAGGAACAUUGGAACAGUGGUCGUCGGCUUCCCAGCAACACCCAUCAUCGAGUCGAGGGCACGUUUCUGCGUUUCAGCCGCCCAUACUAGAGAGAUGCUCGACACAGCACUGGCAGCCAUCAGCGAAGUGGGCGACCUGCUGCAGCUGAAGUACUCCAGACGGGAGCAGCCUAUUCCCUCUCUGGGGUGGAUGUCUGAGGAGAGUCUGCUUCAGGACUGAGCCUGAUCAUUUAGCCCCUUCCUCACUAUCCCCUCCCUUUUUCUUUCUUUGUCUUAAAUCCACUUUUUUUUAUCCCUUAUUUUCCUCUGAGCCACUCUCUCCACCAUAUCUCUUCUUGUUUGACCCAAGUGGACCCUAAUUCUUCACAGGUUACCCUUGUUUUUGAAAGCUGCAUCACUCACUGCCUCAGUGCAUUAUGGGACCUGACCAGAAACACCCUCAUCUCUCUGUAUGUGUCUGAUGUUACAAAGUGCGUUCAGAGCCUUCCAGUGUGUCCUAACUUAUUGUGACUGCAUCUGUCUACGUCUUAAUCCUGUGAGCACAUCGAAUGUGUAUCUUAUUUGUGCAAUAAUAACAACAACAACGUGAAGUUUCUUUGUUAUUGAAAACAACCUAGAGCAAAGUAGACAGAUUCUUACCAGAGUUUCUCCUCGUGAGCUUCAAGAAAAAUAAAUCUGGUCAUAGCUAUGAGAAACACAAGAGGAGAAAACUAUUUAUGUAAAUAAUAUUUAUCCCGAAGUUUGUAAUACUGCCUUAGGGUGGCAUCCCAAACCUCAAAGAGAAAAGUAACAUCAGCAUGUUCACUCCACGAGUAUUUAUCUGAUGGCAUUUCUUUCCUUAUCACUUUUACUUGAAUAGAAGGUAGAGAAUAAUGGGUUCUUUCCCUAACCAAAGGAUAUACUGUAUGUGUAUAGAUAUGUUUUCUACCUGUUCUCCUAAAAUGCAAAGCAGAUGUUCAGUCUGAAAACCUUUAAUGGGGAAAGAAUCCCAGGGAGCAAGACUUAAGGAAUCUUUUUUACUGCUUAUUUUCUAGAAAUAUUUUUCAGCCUUAUUUACUGUUUACACCCGAACUCAAAAAACAAAAAAAACACUUAAGUCCAGUGUCUUUAACAUUUCUAUAAGCUAAUGAGCUCCAUGUGUAAUGUUUUAUUUCCCCUACACGCUAAAUCGCUCUCACUCAAGUGCUUUAAUGUGAAUCAGUGACUGCACGAUCUCUGAGCACGACGACACGCUGUACCUUACAUCUGUAUGUAUGACGAUGGUGCUCCCUUGCUUCUCUGAUAUACAGACAGCUUUAUCUAUUCAGAACUUCUUUUUGUACCUAUUGUCUUGGGCAGCUCCGAAUGAAAGGUGUGCAUUUUAUCUGACUACUUUAACACAUCUUAUCUUCAGUGCCCGCACUACUGACAGGCAUCUUAAAUGCACAGAUGACGUAGUCACUGAAAUCAUUUUUUCUUUGGGUAUGCCUAAAUGUCGUUGUUGUUUUUUUCUUAAUUUAUAAUCUGUGGUCUGGAAUGACAUUCCAUAUCAAACUGUUUUCAUUAAGUGUUUUGUUUUGCUGUUUUUGUCUGACUUUUCUAUGUGAUGUUACCCCAAACAAGGCCGGCAUGCCACGUUCAAACAUCCUGUCGCGUUUGUGUUUAUGUUCUGUCACUUAUUUGAUGUAAAUCUGAGACCGUGUCAAUGUCAGAGUCGGCCAAAGAGCUGGCCAUCGUUUGGCAUUGUGACCAUUCCUAUUAAUGUCCGUCAGAGUGAUUCAGCGCAAGUCUCGAGAUGUUUUUUAUUUAUGUUUAUGGCAUUUUAGCACAGCACAACUUUAGGGGGGGUCUCCUUUUAACUGUACAUUUGUUAGACCAUUAUAUUUUUGUCUUUUAGUGAGUCAUUCCAAUAUUGUUUCUUUUGUUGUGCAGAAAAUGCUUGAACAACUCAUUUGCUUUUAAUAAAUACAAUGUAAAAAAAAAAAUGGAACACAUGACUAUGAUCUGGAAUUGCACUCCUCAGAAACACGCUCUGACAUAAAACAUUUUCUUUUGGUCAAAGUUUCCUCUCAAGCCGUCUGCAGCAUGGUGCAAUAAGUUUAGCUUCUACGUUUCUGUCUAUGGAGGCAGAAAUGUAAUUGCAAACAGCAACGUGACUGCUUCUCUCGGCCAGGUUUCCCUCGCUAAACCUGAGGAAUUAAAGUCAAAAGAUCACUCAAAUGUCUGAGGCGCUCGUAGCUCUUCGAUGUAUCGUGACAUUUUCUAGCCACCCUACAACUCACCUGUAGGAUGACCUGCAGUGACCAUUGGCAAACUUGCCUAUCACUUGUUUUUUGCCCGUGGAGUUGUGUUUGGUUUAGCAAUAAACCAGGAGUUUGUAAAACCAUGAUGUUUGUUGACCAUGCUGAUGGGAACUGUGCUGAUUAAAUCAUUUUCUUUGUAUCAAA